GGUUAACACCGCUUGCGCGCAACGGAGAGUCAGCGCAAAGUUUCCUCGAUGGCGCUGGUGAUGGAGCCGGUGAGCAAAUGGAGCACGAGCCAGGUGGUGGACUGGAUGAAAGGUCUGGACGACUGCUUGCAGCAGUAUGUGUGUGUGUUUGAGCGUGGAGGUGUUUGCGGGGAGCGGCUGCUGAGGAUUAGCCACGCCGAGCUGGAGGAGCUGGGAGUUUCUCGCAUCGGACACCAGGAGCUCAUUCUGGAGGCAGUCGACUUGCUCUGUGCUCUGAACUCAGGUCUGGAGACGGAGAGUGUGAGGACUCUGGCUCACAAACUCGGCGCCUCGGCCAAAAACCUGCAGAACUUCAUUUCCGGCCGCCGCCGCAGCAGCCAAUCAGAGAGCAGAAGCUCGCGGCGGCUCCCCAACGAUCUGCUUACUUCCGUGGUCGACCUCAUCACCGCCGCCAAGAGCCUGCUAGCCUGGCUGGACAGGUCUCCUUUUGCUGCAGUGGCAGACUACUCAGUAACCCGAAAUAAUGUCAUUCAGCUCUGCCUGGAGCUCACCACCAUUGUACAGCAGGACUGUACGGUGUUUGAGACGGAGAACAAAAUCCUUCAUGUGUGUAAGACUCUGUCGGAGGUGUGCGAGCACAUUGUGUGUGUGUCAUCGGACCCGCUGGUUUCUCAGUCGGCCCACCUCGAGCUGGUUCACCUCACUAACAUCAAAACCUCUGAAGGACUGGGGAUGUACAUUAAGUCGACCUACGACGGCCUCCACGUGAUCACAGGAACUACUGAAGGGUCUCCAGCUGACCGCUGUAAGAAGAUCCAUGCGGGAGAUGAAGUCAUUCAAGUCAAUCAUCAGACUGUGGUGGGCUGGCAGUUACGUAACCUGGUCGGCUCGCUGAGGGCCGAUAAAGGCGUCGUGUCCCUGACCCUGAAGAAGCGUCCGCAGAGCACGCUCAGCUCCGCCCCUGCGCUGCUGAAGAACAUGCGCUGGAAACCCCUGGCUCUGCAGCCAACCAGAAGCCCAGGCAGCAGUUCGGCCACACCCUCAGGCACACCCACCAAGAGCUCCGCCCUCCAGGAUCUUUACAUCCCGCCUCCGCCCGCUGAGCCAUACACACCCAGAGAUGAGACAGGAGCCUUGUCUGGGGAUGAGGCAUCCCGUAACCAUGGUGGCGUCAGUGUUGCUAAGCGCUCUGAGUCACCGAAUUCCUUCCUGGAUCAAGAGUCUCGCCGGCGAGAUGAGGAGGAGCCUGUUUACUGCACCACGCCUACAUAUGGCAGGCUGAGGCCCAUCUCCAUGCCUGUGGAGUGUAACUGGGUGGGCGACUAUGAAGACCCAGCCAAGCUCAACAGAGAAAGCCGCAGAGAAGCGUCACUCAUGCGUUAUGUGGGACUGAGCGGCGGGGAGGAGAGGACCAGCUCUGAGGAUUACUCCUCCCACACAGCUCGUCCGGGCAAACGGUCCAAUGACACGGCCAAACGUGCCAAAAGGCGGAGCCACCACAGCCAAAGCCCCUCCCACUAUGUCCUCCAGGCAAAUCAGAGAGAUUCUCCACCGAGAGACCCAGCCUCCAUUUAUCACACAUACCAACAGUCCUCCUCUCUGCAGUCAAAGAACAGGAAGAAGAAUAAAGGACGAAGUUUGGCCUCCCUGAGUCGGAGGCGUGUUUCCUGCAAAGCGCUGGGCAGAGGAGACUGCGAGGGCUGGUUGUGGAGAAAGAGAGAUGCCAAGGGUUACUUUUCUCAGAAGUGGAAGAAGUACUGGUUUGUUCUGAAGGACAAUUGCCUCUACUGGUACAUCAAUGAGGAGGAUGAGAAGGCAGAGGGUUUUGUCAGUCUUCCAGAGUUUAAGAUCGACCGGGCCAGCGAAUGUCGCAAGAAGUAUGCUUUCAAAGCAUGUCACCCCAAGGUCAAGAGUUUCUACUUUGCAGCAGAUGGAGUGGAUGACAUGAACAGAUGGCUGAGUCGUCUCAACAUGGCAGCUGUGGGCUACGCCGAGCGAGAGAGGAUACGCCAGGAGCAGGAUUACUGGAGUGAGAGUGAACACGAGGAUGACGCCACCUCCAGCCCCAAACAGGACAGUCCCCCACCUCCAUAUGAUACCUACCCACGGCCUCCAUCAAUGAGUGCCUACUUGGAAGGCCGGACCACUCGACUGUCUUCCACGGAGACAUCUCGUUCCCGCUCCUCCCAGGAGGACUUCCUCUGCGGCGAGCCUCCCGCGGCGGCCGCCGAGCCGCAGUACCACCCCGGUCCUCUAGGGGGAGGGACCACACACAGCGGCAGGAAGCCCGGGGGCAGCAACAGCAGCGAUGUGCAGUAUCGAUGUGAUCCUGUAGAGUACCGUUCCAGUCCGGCGGGGGGCAGCAGUGAGACAGGGUCUCCGGGCCGCUCUUCCUCGUCUCAGAGACGUUCCUGGCAGGACCUGAUCGAGACUCCGCUGACUGAGGCUGGACUGCACUACCUACAAACAGGACCACUAGAGGACGCCGUCUUUGCCGAGCCCGGCCCGGGUGGUGGGACUAUGAUGGCCGGAGCUGUUUACACUCUUCCUGCACAGAGGAAUGUCCCGUUGCCCGUGGCGAUGCAGAGGCUCAUUCCUAUGGCAACCCAGGGAGGGAAACCCCGCAGCUUCACACUGCCACGAGACAGCAACCUACACACACUCCUCACGCCCCCUGCAAAAGAAGAACAGCAAACACACAACGGCGGCAGCGAGGGGGCGUCCCUGGGCGACCUGUUUCGUGCGUGCGAGCAGGGCGGAGUGUGCCCUCUAGGCCGCGGGUCGGAGGCCAGGGGUCAGUCGGAGUUCAGGCAGUCCUUCCUCAGACGGGCCGCUGACCCUCAGCUCAACGAACGUCUGCACCGCCUCCGCAUACUGAGCUCCACGCUGAAGGAUGUCCCGCCCCUGGACGCAGAGCUCCCAUCGGGAUGUUCAAAUUAGCCUGACGGACAGCAAGACUAGCCAAUGAGAUACUUUCAACACUUACACAAAUAAAGUUUCCUGUCUCUGCGUCUGUGCAUGUGCGUGUGUCUGUGCGUGUGUAUACUCAUGCUAUUUCUUAAAAACCUCUUGUUUUGAUUAUCACCAUUACUUCCCGGUAUCAUCGUAUCCCUAAAAGGGACUUGUGUCUUUAUGAAAAUAGGGACACACACACACACACCCACACACCCACACACACACACACACACACACACACACGCAAAUAAAUACACUCACAGAGCUCAGAGAUCUGCCUGCUAACUUGAUGUUCUAAUGCUGCCUGCCCUGAAGCCCUGUCACUUGGAUUUGAUUUGUGUUUUGUAUUGUACUGUACUGUAAUGUAUUGUAUAUAUGCUCAUAUUGUACAGCUGUACAGAGAGGGAGUGUGGUGUGUGUGUUACUGAGGAUUCUGGCUGUUGUUUCAUGAGAGAGUUUUAUUUUUUUUUCCCCCAGAAGAUUAAAGUUAGAAGGUUAGAAGGAAAGUUCUGGAAAAAAAAAAAAAAUCACCUCAUUCACAGCAUGUUUGCUAAGAUUUGUAUCACUGUAACGUUGCUUUGGCUGGGAUUGUUUACUGUCUUACGCUUAGUGUGCUCACACUCAUCCUCUGACAUUUCAACAGGCGCAACCAAAGAUUAUUGUAAAGGAAUAUUUCAUCCUAAAUUGAAAAUUCAAUCAUUAUACUCACCCGUAUGUCUGUUCAAAUCCAAUUAACACACCAAAAAAAGCCCCUGAACUCUUAAGUCCAUCUCAGUCUCCCCCCACAUUAUUAAAGGGUUAUUACAACUUGUGUUGCCAUUGGUUUUACUGGUUAUCACAAGCAGUCAGAAAGCCACAAAGGUUAAUCAAAUUUAUUUCCAUAAGGAUAAUCAAAUGUAUUUCCAUAAGAAAAUUAAAAAGAUGUAAUUAAAACUAUCGUAAACAUUCAGGUCAACUGACAGCCCAACCUCUCAACUCCUGGGUUUAUUAGGAGCAUUGUGGCUGCACUCACUUGUAGUUUUAUCUCCAAAUAAAGUGGUUUAGAUGAUCUGAAUAAACUGGUCACUGGUUUACAACCUGUGUCAUCUUCUGACCGCUUGUGUUUGUUGCCCCGUUUGACAGAUUUUUAGCAGCGUUGCCACAAUCUCAGCAGUUACUUUGGUGAUUUUAUAAACAGUUGAACUGAUUGCCAGAGCUACAAAAAUGAGGCUCAAGUUGUAAUAAGCAUUCCUUCAAAGGAUCAUGCCAGUGUAUUUGCGAGUUUUAGUUCUUUAAAGGGGCAUUCCAGCGAUUUAGUAGUGCACUUACACACCAUAAAGUUAGGAGACUCACAAGAGAGAGGGGGUUAAAGCUUCCCUAACCCUACAUUUCCCAUAAUGCAAGUGGAUUUUCAAGAUUCUGAUAUGACUGAAAAGCAAUAGAUGCCUGGCUGAAACAAUAAAAGAUGUACAUUCAAAUUCCUCACAUCACCAUGGUUUAGCUGCUAUGUAAAGUAUAUGUGAUUUGCAUUCUUCUAAAAAAUAUUUCCAAACAGCGCACAGUGUUUUAUAGCCAAACAAACUGCAUCGAGGGCCUAAAUAUCUGGUAUUAUUUAUCAUAUUCAUCUUCACUCCUCUCACCAGUAAUGCACACGCCCGGUUAGACUCUCUUGUUGUGUGUAUAUUUUACUGCCAGAGCAAUGUCAGUGAAAAGUAGGUGUUAGAGUGGUAAAUAUUGGACUUUGGCACCCGUACUGGAAACACUGGUUACAAAAUGUCUCAGUGGUGCUUCUCAAACUGUUUGGAUGAAUUGAAUGGGCUCUUUAUGCUUGCUUUUUGGGGGCUAUAAAAAGAUGACUAUUAAUCUGGUGGAGGCUGAGAUGGAACAGAAGAGUCUAACUGGUCAGCCAGUCCUACCAGAGGUUUUGAGUGACAUGAGGGUUGAGAAAAAAAAAGUUUAUUUGGAAGGUGAACUAAUCCUUUAAGCUCGCCUCUUGAGUAAACUUGCUUUAAGUGUUGUGUGAACAUGUGGGGAAAGGCUAGAUAAGGGGGGGAGGCUCCAGACAUUUAGGAGCAACAGGGCGUGAAAAAAAAACAACCAAACCUUUCAAUCAGGCUUUUAUCCAAGAUUCAAGUGUUGAAAAGCGUUUCCUCUGCCGCAGUGUCCUUGAGCAAGACACUUAAUCCCUACGUGUAUUUAGUUAAGCAAGCAGAUGAUUUAUUCUGCUUACUCGUUGGCCUAGAUGUGAUAUUACCAACUCAUGGCCAAACAGCUUUAAUGUACUUGUGCAGUACAUUUGCCAAUUCUAACAGCCACUCUGGCUGCGACUCAACAAUGUCAGUCUGGCACCUGUUUCCUAUUUUAUAGCGAUGUCUAAUUUAAAAGGGGAUCUAUAGGAGCCAUAAGCCUCUGUGGCCAACAGUGGAAUCAAUUUUUUUUGUUCUGCACAGGCCAACGAUAGAGGACCAUACUGGUGUUUGUGCAAGUUUUAGUCCAAAUUAGAUAUAUUUGUUUUGGCUAAUUUCCUGCUUUCCAGCCAACAAUUGCACUAGUUUCCAUUUAUUUAAGUAAACUAUGAGAAGCAAACUGCAAAGACGUAAUUCUAAAUCAGAAAAGGUAAUGCACUAAUGCACUUUUGUUGCUUCUUUAAGGGUCUUAGUUGUACUAUCGCUGCAUGUCAGUGUGAUCAUAAUGAAAAUCCUCACUCAUGGUGUGUUCAAGAAGGCUCCAACACCCAAUAAUUGAGAAUUGGCUGCCAAAUCUUUAAAUUAAUCCUUAUGUUUGUGCUACUGUAUGUUGUAAGAAAAUCAAACCCAUGAUACAAACAAUAAGGAAACACGGACAUUGUGAAUUGUAUCAUGUAAAUUCGGUCAAUUUUCGGCUGAAAUUCAGCAGCCGACUCUCUAGUUUUGGGAUUUUCCGGGCUGUUGUAAAUACAACACUGACAAAAAAAAGAUCCCGUUUGAAACUGCAUUACCACACUACAAUAACAUACUGAUUUUCAUGGUGUAGUGAUUAAAAGAAAACUAAUACCUGUCUGGAAAAACAAUCCCUUCUUAAAAAGAUAUGGUACAUUUUUAAAAAUGUUAAAGGAUAGAAGUCAUUUUUUAAUUAUUGUAAUAAUAGUUUGUAAUGACAUUCGAUGUGCAAAGCCACUGGCAUGGUGAUUUAAAGAAAGCUUUUUUUUUUUCUUUUUGUUGAAAAUGUUUUUACUGUGAAGCUGUUCUGCUGGUCUUUGCGAUUAACUUAAAUGUACGACAGAGUGCCGAGACUGAUUCUUUGACUAUCUGCCGCAAGUGUCGGAACUAAAAAACCUCAUGUUUGUUUUGUACCGGUAAUUUCAAAAUCCGCUGUCCUGAUGCCUAACUCAUGGUUAGACAAGAAAAUGAGCACAAGGUGAAGAGAGACGACGGACAAAACCCUCUCUGACAUGCACACGCAAAGCCAUUAACACACACACACACACACACACACACGACACACACACAUUUACAAAUACAGACGGCUCCUGCAUCCUUUGCCUCGCUAAAAACUCUGCACUAAUAAAGCCUUGAUACUGUAUAUGCACAGUCUGAACUGUAAAGUAAAGAACUGUAUUUGCCUUUGCCAAUAAAUACUUAAAUGUGCCAUGUGGAGUCUUUAUUUUAAAGAGGAGGGAAGGUUGUUAUGCCGUUUAUAAGAUGCUUUUAUCCGAUUUUAUCCAUGCAGAGAAGAAAUCAAACCCAUGCAGUGUUAUUGCCUAGUUGUGCCCACAGCAAGAUCAUGGACAAGAUGUUUUGAAAGUAGUAAAGGGUUUUACAGAAUUCUGCCUUCAACAAAGUUACACACACACACAUUCACACUCUGCACAACUACACCCACCAAUGCAAACACUUUAUUGUGCA